UGAUAAAUACUCCUUGUCGAUAAACAUUUAAACUUUAUAAAUCACUGAUAACAUGCAGAGAUUUGUAUUCGCAUAAUCAUGGGAUUCAUUAAAGUAAGCGUAUGUGUGUUAGUGUUAGCGCUAGUUUAUGGAUGCCUGCAACGAUUAUUUACGAAGCCACUUCCGGUCGUGGUUGAUGGAUACGUACACCCAGCUUUCCAACCAGUGCUUGAAAAAUUCAGAGAAAAUGUAGCAAGCGGAAGGGAGCCCGGCGCCGCCUUCGCGGUGUACCGAAAUGGCCAGCCGCUGGUUGACGUUUGGGGUGGCUAUGCGGAUGUGGAGGCGGCACGGCCGUGGCGGCAGGACACGAUGACACAAGGCUGGUCCACUACCAAGGGGAUCGCCGCUAUUGUGGUGGCUGUCAUGGUGGACAGGGGAUGGCUGGACUACAAGCGACCCGUGCAUGAGUACUGGCCCGAGUUUAAACAGAACGGGAAAAAGAACAUUACCGUGGAAAUGCUUCUUACACACCAGGCGGGGCUUCCUGUUCUAGACACGCCCAUAUCUGUUUUGGACAUUAGGGAGGAACCCGAAAGGGUUGAGAAGAUUCUCGCGACACAAGCCCCUGUUUGGGCCCCAGGGACGCAGUUUGGAUAUCAUGCUAUCACCUUUGGUCCUUAUAUAGAUACAUUGGUCAGAAAAGCUGAUCCGAAGAGAAGAAGAAUGGAACAGAUAUUUAGGGAAGAAAUUGGAGAACCAUUAGAUAUUGACGUUUAUAUGAACCUGCCUCGUCAGGAGUAUCACCGUGCGGCCCGCCUGUAUACGGACCCCGGCUGGAUGAUCCUCCUUAAAACCCUUUCGGCGCCCCGCUACAGCCGCAUGUUUGCUAAACUUAUGAUGUAUCCUGGUUCACUGUUUGGCAGGGCUGUGCAAGCCGUGGAGGAGAUGAAAGAUAUUGGUAACCUCGGAGCCUUCAAUGACCCAGAUGUUCGAGAAAUUACAAUAUCGUCUAUAUCUGGCACAAUGACUGCACGUGGUGUUGCUAAGCUCUACAGCAUCAUGGCUGAAGGGGUUAAAGGACGCAGGAUUGAUUUGUUGUCAUCUGACGUGACGUCAUUGUUUACGUCACCACUUGUAAAAGGAACGGAAUCUGUUAUAGGAGCCGAUAACUGGGCAAUGAAUAGGGGUUUCCUUUACUACAAUAAUUCUGAUGGAAACCUCGUCUUUGGACAUCCGGGGCACGGAGGCCAAAUAGGAGGAGCUGAUCCGAAAGCGAGUCUCGGAUUUGGAUACGUAACCAAUCAUCUAUCGAUAUACGGUGUAGGGGAUGACCCGCGAUACGUUGGCCUCGAGCAAAUAGUUUAUAAGUGUCUGAAAGACUAUGACAAAUCUGAACACUGACAAAAAUGAAAAUAUUUCAAACUUAUAUUCAUAUUUCUGUCUUGAUAAAUAGCCGUAAACGUUUAUCGCAAUAACGAAAUGCAACAAAAAAGUAUUAUCUAAAUUUAGCUCUACAAAUCUGCCUAUCACGUGACUUUCUGAAAACCUAAAAUUCUAUGUUGCUUUAUAUACAAAUGAUUUUUAAGUUUUUAACCAAGAAUUUUUUUAUUCAAAUAGUUUUCCCGGUUAUGCAUCCGAAACAAUUAUUGCAUCGUUUUUUUUACCCUAUAAUAUUUAAAUUGCAGAAUAAAUACAGAUACAGUACAAAAUAAUUUGGUUUUACUGGGUUGCAAACCCACGCGGUUAAAGUAAAAAAAGAUAGUAUUAUUACUCCCGAAUCACUAGACCAAGAAUAUUUUCAAAUGUGUAAUAGAUAUAUUGACAUCUUGCCCAUACAACAACAAAAAGCUGUUGACGUUUGUAUGAAAAUUGUGAUCUUCACUAACGUUAUUUGAGCUAAUAUCAAUAUUUGCUGAAAGGUUCCAGCUUUUAGUAUCCUAGUUGUUUUAACAGCCUCAUGAUAUGCCACACUUUACUUCUCAUACACAAAAAGUAUAGUUUAAAAAACAUGAUUAAGUACCUGUCCGCGAUUUCUCACUAUAUAACAAUUACAAUUUUUCAUUCGAAAAUACUUGGAACAUAUUUAAUUUAGAAAGAUGAGCUUAAUUUACUUUAUGUAAAAAUUUCAUUUGAAAAUGUUCUGUAUUUUUCUAGUUAUUUCUCUAGUUUAAUCCAGCAACUACUCAGAUACUGUUUGCAAAACGCCAUGCUCCGCAUACGUAUCUACCUUAUAAGCAUAUCGUGAGUUUGUUGUCUAGUUUUGAAUUUCGUUGGUCUUUCCCGUACAUUUCUUUUUAAUAAAACAUCGUGUGGACCUCGGGAAAUUAUCAUUAUAUGAGACCCUUUCAUUAUUAUUUACUCACUUUUUUUCUUAUUAGUGACAUUGGGACUUUAAGUAGUAUGUGCCGUCACGGUCUUCGUACUUGGUGUGUUACUUUUCCUUCGGCUUCAUCGAAUAUGUCGCUAUAGCUCAUACAAAAAGAAUGCCGCUUGAGACAGUGUUUUCAGUUUUGCACAAAUAAAUGAACAGUCUAAAUAAAACCGAAACGGCUUUGUUCAUACUUACGAUCUAUCAUGUGCUCUCGAAUGAUCUAUAUCUUGAAAAAAUUUAGCAAAUUGCAGGUGUAAUAUCAAAAUAAA